AAUUUUCAAUGUCAAACCAAAGCCUACAAAUCCAACAUUAUGAAAUCUCUCCAUUUCUUCUUCCUUCUGUUCUUCUUCACCUUAAGUUGUUUUAGCCAAACUGAGUCCUCGACCGUUAAUGAUGUGCUCAUGCACUGCAAUGGAUCUAUCAGAGAGUGCAAUGAAGCAAACGAGAUGCUAAUGGAGUCAGAAAUAAGCCGCAGGUUUCUAGAACAGAAAAGGUAUAUAUCUCCCGGCGCACUUAAAAGAGAUCAACCAGUCUGCCGCGGGGGUGCAGGGGGUGAAGCUUAUAGUAAAAGUGGCGGCUGCCUCCCAGAACCAUCCAACCCUUACAACCGAGGAUGCUCCAAGUACUAUCGUUGUAGGUCUGAUUCAUGAUCCGAAGCCGGUCACACCCAUUACAACGAAAAAUAUGAAAUUUUCUUGUUCAACUAAUAUUCAUUUACAUUCCAAGUAUACAAUGUUUUUACAGUAUUCUUUAAUCGUUGUAAUUGUUAAUUAACUCUUAACUAGUUCUAAAACGUAUUUUCUCCAA